AAAGUAAAAUGCCACACAAAAACACAAAGUAAGGAUCGACUAGUCACGACUAACAAGCGUGUGUACGCAAGUGCGCACACCGGGACCCCUGUUCUCAAGUAGUACCCAACAACGUAGCAUUCUCGUCGUGUCUCCUUGGAUUGUCUCAGGGCUAAACAUAAAAAAAACCGGAAAGAGACAAAGCAGGCAGCGACGACGCAUGUGCAAAGCACAACAGCUUUUAAUGGAAAUUAUGAAAGACGCAUAAAGGAACUCAAUAGCCAAAACUGUUCCUCUUUUCCUUUUGGCAAGUCAGGUCCCUCACUGCCCUAGAACUGAUGCUGCUGGCUCUCUUUGCUUCGACUCCCAACACAUGGUGUCGCGAGGCCCUUCUCACAAAUAUCCCACCUUGUUGAACUGAAAGAAAUUUCUUCAUUGAGAUGUACCUUUGAUAGUUUUAUCAACUUUUAUUGACUAAAGGAAGAUGAUAUAUUUAUAAGGAGCCUUCAUCAAUACAUCGCCCUUUUUAUAUUGAUAUAAUCUAUGUCAAACAACGGCGAAAUGUUUUUCUUGUCUUCACUGUCUGGAAUGUAGAGGAGGUGAUUGCUUUAGAAGUUGAAUAACUUUACGAAGGACUUGACAGUUUUCACCUGCUAAUUUAGAUAUUAAUAAGAUCACAGAUGAAAGAAAUCUAGCAUUAAAUUAAUCUCUGAAAAUAGUGAUACAACUGAACACAACCAUAUUCAUGGAAAUGAAAAAAACACUAUCAUUGUGAUAUGUUUGAAAAAUUAUUCUCUCGUAAUGAAUCAUUUUAUUAAACGAAAAAACCCUGAAGUAAGAGAGCCAUAUCACUGUGAUAUCUGUGGUAAAUCAUUCACUGAAGAAAGAGUCUUAACCAAACACAAGUGCAUUGAGACAGGAGAGAAACCACAUCACUGUGAUGUCUGUGGUAAAUCAUUCACUGAAGAAAGAGUCUUAACCAAACACAAGUGCAUUGAGACAGGAGAGAAACCACAUCACUGUGAUGUCUGUGGUAAAUCAUUCACUGAAGAAAGAGUCUUAACCAAACACAAGUGCAUUGAUACAGGAGAGAAACCACAUCACUGUGAUGUCUGUGGUAAAUCAUUCACUGAAGAAAGAGUCUUAACCAAACACAAGUGCAUUGAUACAGGAGAGAAACCACAUCACUGUGAUGUCUGUGGUAAAUCAUUCUCUCAAAGUGGAUCUUUGACUUGUCACAAACGUAUUCAUACAGUGGAAAAGCCAUGUCAUACAGGAAAGAAGCCAUAUCAUUGUAAUAUCUGUGGUAAAUCAUUUUCUCAAUGUGGUCAGUUGACUACACACACACGCACACAUACAGGAGAGAAGCCAUUUCAUUGUAAUAUCUGUGGUAAAUCGUUUUCCCAAAAUUCUCACUUAACUUAUCACGUACGUAGUCAUACUGGGGAAAAACCAUACGAGUGUGAUAUCUGUGGUAAAUCAUUUCCUGGAAGUGGAAUGUUAACUCGUCACAGACGAAUACAUACAGGAGAGAAACCAUUUCAGUGUGAUAUCUGUGGUAAAUCAUCUUCUCAAAGUGGUGACUUGGCUAAGCAUAAACGUACUCAUACCGGUGAGAAACCAUUUUAUUGUAAUAUCUGUGGUAAAUCAUUUUCUGGAAGUAGUGACUUGAUUAUACACAUACGUAUUCAUACAGGAGAGAGGCCGUAUCAUUGUGAUAUCUGUGGUAAAACAUUUUCUCAAAAUGGUACCUUAACUUGUCACAAACAUAUUCAUACAAGAGAGAAGCCAUAUUGUUGUAAUAUCUGUGGUAAAUCAUUCUCUAGAAAUAGUCAGUUGACUAGUCACAAACGUAUUCAUACUGGGGAAAAACCAUAUCAGUGUGAUAUCUGUGGUAAAUCAUUCUCUAGAAAUAGUCAUUUGACUAGUCACAAAUUUAUUCAUACUGGUGAAAAACCAUAUCAGUGUGAUAUCUGUGGUAAAUCAUUCUCUACAAAUAGCUCUUUGAUUAGUCACAAGCAUAUUCAUACUGAGGAAAAACCAUAUCGCUGUGAUAUCUGUGGGAAUUCAUUUUCUCAAAUCAGUGCUUUAAAUAAACACAGACGUAUUCAUAGUGGUGAAAAACCAUAUCAGUGUAAUAUCUGUGGUAAAUCAUUCACUGAAAACAGUCAUUUGACUAAUCAUAAGCGCAUUCAUACAGGAGAGAAGCCGUAUCAUUGUAAUAUCUGUGGUAAAUCAUUCUCUACAAAUAGCCAGUUGAUUAGACACAAACAUAUUCACACCGAGGAAAAACCUUAUCGGUGUGAUAUUUGUGGCAGAUCAUUUUCUCAGUGCAGUACUUUAAAUAAUCACAGACGUAUUCAUAGUGGUGAAAAACCAUAUCAGUGUGAUAUCUGUGGUAAAUCAUUCCUUAGAAAUAGUCAUUUGACUAAUCACAAAUUUAUUCAUACUGGUGAAAAACCAUAUCAGUGUGAUAUCUGUGGUAAAUCAUUUUCCCGAAAUAGUAGUUUAACUAGUCACAGACGUAUUCAUACAGGAGAGAAGCCAUAUCACUGUGAUAUUUGUGGUAAAUCGUUUUCUGAAAAUUGCCAUUUAACUCUUCACAAGCGUACACAUACAGGAGAGACGCCAUAUCAUUGUAAUAUCUGUGGUAAAUCUUUCACUACUAAAAGUAACCUGACUAGACACAAGCGCAUUCAUACAGGAGUGAAACCAUAUCCUUGUGGCAAAUCAUUCUCUGAAGGAGGUGUCUUAACUAGACAUCAGCCUGUUCAUACAGGGGAGAAACCUUAUCAGUGUGAUAUCUGUGGUAAAUCAUUCUCACGGAAAUCCCACUUAAGUAGACAUAUGAGUAUACACAUGCAAGUGUGACUAUAAGUAUUAAAAUUUAUUACAACAUGCCUAAAAUUACUUCUAGUUUUUCUGAAAAGAGACAGGGAUUUUUUUUAUCUCUUCAAAUUUCAUGGUAUCAACUUCAGUUUCAUCAAUGUCAACAUCAAAUUCAGCAAAGACUUUGAUUUCUGAAGAUGGUCAUGCUGGAUUUAUGAGGAAUUUGUUAUGAGAGAAUAAAGAAAAGGGAAUAAUGAAUAAAAACUGAAUUAAACUGAAAUUGGUUUUGUCUAUGUACUUUCAUCAAUGUUUACGUUAUCAUUAUCAUCAUCCUUUAGCGAUAAUUUUAUCUAUACGCUGGCAUAAGCUGUGACAUGAGGUGGCAAGCCAUAGUUCUGCACUAGGUUCUGGUCCGAUUUGUUUGGGUUUCUUUGGAUGUAUUCUCCUAAUGCUAACCAGUUUACAGUUUACCCUGUGCGCUUUAUAUAUACAUACAUAUAUAUAUAUAUAUACUCCUUUACUCUUUUACUUGUUUCAGUCGUUUGACUGCGGCCAUGCUGGAGCACCGCCUUUAAUCGAGCAAC